UAGUAGUCAAGAAUAUUAGUGAACAAAAGCAACAAGAAGCAUAAAAAUGGAAGCUGCUAAUACAACGACUGAUAUAUUGGUUCUGCCAUUUUUCGGACAAGGUCAUCUCUUUCCAUGCGUGGAGCUCUGCAAAAACCUAUCUUCCCACAAUUGCAAAUCCAUUUUAAUCAUCCCUUCUCAUCUCUCCUCCUCCAUUCCUUCCAAUCUCCAUCUCCACCCUUCCGUUGAAGUUCUCCAGAUCCCCGCCUCCUAUUCACCACCACCUCCGGGGACUGCGGCGCCGCCGCCGCCACCGGCUGUGCCCGCCAAGUCGGUAGCUAAACGCCCGCAUCAGGAGCUGGGACAAGGGAUCGAGUCCUUCCUCGCCCAAAGGUAUCCGGGUCAAACCCGACCCGGAUGCGUGGUGAUGGAUGUGAUGAUGAGCUGGAGCAAAGAGAUUUUUAUGAGAGAGAAGAUACCUGUUGUGACUUUCUUCACCUCCGGCGCUUGCUCCACCGCUCUGGAGUACGCUGCAUGGAAAGCACACGUGGACGAUAUGGGGCCCACUGAGACCCGAUCACUGCCCGGGCUGCCCGAAACCAUGGCCCUGAGCUAUUUGGAGAUUCAGAGGAAGGACCUGCACCGCCGCCCGGAUGGCGGCGGCAGCAGGCGAGGUGGUGGUGGUGGAAUGGACUUCAGUCCACCCAAACCGGGCGGGACGCCGCGGUGGUUGGACGAGGCUGAAGGAUCGACCGCUCUGCUGCUCAACACGUGCGACGAUCUCGAAGGCCUGUUUAUCGAGUACCUAAACGGUCAGAUAAAAAAACCGGUUUUCGGUGUGGGCCCGUUGCUGCCGGAGACGUACUGGAAAUCGACCGGUUCGUUGCUCCACGACCGGGACAGCCGGCCGAAGCGCGAGUCGAACUACACGGAGGACGAGGUGAUCCAAUGGCUGGAUUCGAAGCCGGAACGGUCGGUGAUCUACGUUUCGUUCGGAAGUGAGGUGGGCCCGACUAUGGAUGAGUAUGAUGAAUUGGAGGAGGCUUUGGAGGAAUCGGGCCGGUCGUUUAUAUGGGUGAUCCAGCCCGGAUCCGGAUUAUCCGGCCCGCCCGCAAACUUCUUCGGCGGCAAAAAACGCGGUCCGGAUGCUAACCGAGAAGGGUACUAUCCGGACGGAUUGGAGGAAAAGGUUGGGGAGAGAGGACUAAUCAUAAAGGGGUGGGCCCCACAGUUAAUGAUACUGAGUCACCCUUCGACGGGUGGAUUUCUGUCGCACUGCGGGUGGAAUUCUACGGUGGAGGCGAUCGGGCGUGGGAUUCCGAUUCUGGCCUGGCCGAUCAGGGGAGACCAAUUUUACGACGCGAAAUUGGUGGUGAAGUAUCUGAAAGUGGGGCAUAUGGUUUCGAGUGGCGGCGGAUUGGCGGAGAUGGUGAAGAAGUGUGAUAUAAUGGAAGGGAUUAAGGUGUUGAUGGAUGAUGGAGAAGUUCAUGGGAGAGCUAUGGCUUUGAGAGGUAUAUUUGAAGCUGGUUAUCCCUCUAGUUCUGAUGCUUCUUUGAAAGCUUUGGUUGAGCUUGUAAGCAAAUAAGUUGUCAAGGAGUUUUUUUCAUGUUUCUUUCGAGUUGUUUGUGUUUUCGAUAUCUGAAAUGUUAAAUGUCGUUUCGAUUUUAAU